GCUUGGAAGCACUGUUCCAAUUCCUUUUCACUUGCCAUAAAUCUGGUUCCUCAGCCUCUGAACCAAGCAAUUGAUCACAGAAAAUCAACCUCCGCCUCCAGCUUCUAAUUUCUUCCUCGAUUCAAGACAAUUCAAGAUGGCACCCACCGUGCUUCACCUCCGCGCCGAGACUAAGUCCCUCGAGCACCGCUCUGCGCUCACCCCGUCUACCACCAAGGCCCUCAUCGAUGCCGGGUACGAAGUCCAUGUCGAGAAGGGCUGUGGUAAGAAGUCCGGCACGACGCGCAUCUUCGACGACGCCGAAUUCGAGGCCGCUGGCGCAAAGAUUGUCGAGGAGGAGUCAUGGGUUGAUGCGCCCGCCGACCACAUCAUCGUCGGCCUGAAGGAGCUGCGCGAGGAGAGCUUCCCGCUCAAGCACGUUCACGUGCAGUUUGCACACUGCUACAAGGGCCAGGAAAGCUGGGACACGGUACUGGCGAGGUUUCCCCGGGGUGGCGGCACGCUUCUGGACCUGGAGUUUCUCGCGGAUCCCACAACGGGGAGGAGGGUAGCUGCUUUUGGAUACCAUGCUGGCUUCGCCGGUGCUGCGCUCGCGCUGGAGAACUGGGCGUGGCAGCUGACGCACCCCGCCUCCGAGGCACUCCCGAGCGUGUCCUCGUAUCCUAACGAGAACGAGUUGAUUGCGGAUGUCAAGAAGGCUCUGGCUGAAGGAGAGAAGAAGGUGGGCCGGCUGCCACGGGUCAUUGUCAUCGGUGCGCUUGGCCGCUGUGGUAAGGGAGCAGUCGACAUGUGUCUGCGUGCGGGCGUGCCAGACGAGAAUAUUGUCAAGUGGGAUAUGGCGGAGACUGCCAAGGGCGGCCCUUUCCAGGAGAUCACCGACAGCGACAUCUUCGUCAACUGCAUCUACCUGGCGUCCAAGAUCCCUCACUUUGUCAACACCGACUCGCUCAAGGCCGCCGGCGCAGACCGCAAGCUCUCCGUCGUGUGCGAUGUCUCUGCCGACACGACCAACCCCUUCAACCCUGUGCCGAUCUACAACAUUGCCACGACGUUCGACAAGCCCACCGUGCCCGUGGAGCUGGAGCAGGGCCCGACGCUGUCCGUCAUCAGCAUCGACCACCUGCCUUCGCUGCUGCCGAGAGAGGCCAGCGAGGCGUUCAGCAACGACCUGCUGCCACACCUGCUGAAGCUCAAGGACUGGCGAACCGACCCCGUCUGGGCGGGUGCUGACAAGCUGUUCAAGGAGAAGGUGGCCACCCUUCCCGCUUCGGCUCUUGAGAAGUAAAGGAGGGCCCUUUUGGCAUACGGUCGGGCGUUUUUGGGUUUGGGAGAUAUCAAAAACAGAAAGGGAAAAAGAGAAAAGUGCGUUUAAAGGGGGACGUCACUCGGACGGCCCUUUCCACUACAUAGAACUCAUCUGCUCUACGUUGACAAG